AAAAUAAUGAGAUUAAACCAAGUUUACAUUCUUCUGUAAAAUGUAAUUAUUGUUCUAAAGUUUUCAAUAGAGCUGUUCCUUUAAGAAUGCAAACUCAUCUUAAUGAGUGUUUAAAUGUAUCAAGUAAUGCUAAAUUACAAAAAACCAUUCUAAUACAAAAUCCUAUACCCUCAAAUAUCACAGAACAUCCUUUAACUAAUACAAAUACACCUCCUCAGGCAUUAUAUUCAGCUGGAGUACUAUUUACCUUUGUUGAUAAUCCCUUUGUUAUUCAAUUUUUUAAAUAUCUUCGAUCAUCUUUUAAACUUUCAAAUAGAAAGAAGAUUGCUAAUGAAUUAUUGAAUGAGGUUUAUGAAGAUUCUAAUAUUAACAGAGAUUCAGUACAUAAUUUUGUUAUUUGUAUUCCAAAACCAUCUUUUUUUGAUACAACUUUUUCAGGUGAAGAAUCUUAUACAGCAGAAUGGAUUGCAGAUCAAAUAAUUCAACAAAUGGAUAUUAUUG